UCGUUUCCGGUGUACGUCAUUUUUUUUAAAACAUGGAGGGAGAACACCGGGGUCAUCGGUCAAAGUAAAUGUCGCUUUUUCCUGCAAGAACUGCUAUUCAUAAAUUGAUCCAUUUUUUUUAGCUAAAUUAAAUGAAGGGGCAGCGGUAGGAUUUAGAUUCAGCAAUGAAUGUGUUUGUUUUGAUCGCCUCGUGAUGCAACCAGAAACAGACGAAGAAGAAACCUCCAAACAACAUCCGCUAGUGUUCUUCGACAUGGAGACUACUGGACUGGGUACGAAUACAUAUAACGUGAUAAAUGGUCAGGACUGUGAGAUCAUCCAACUGGCUGCGGUGAGCGGAGGCCACUCGCUCAACCUGUACAUCAUUCCCCGGUGUCGUAUACAGCAAGGAGCAGCUAGAGUCACGGGCUUUAAGGUUCGCGGACAGAGGCUCUAUCUGCAUCGCCAGCUGGUCUUCACCAACUCCCUCAAAGAGGUUGUGGUCUCCUUCCUCACUUUCCUCCAAAUGCUCGGUCGCCCCCUCCUCAUUGGCCAUAACAUCCGAAGCUUUGACUGUCCCCUGCUGGCUCGGGCUCUUGAUGAGCUGGACCUAAGAGCUGAGUUUCAGGCUUCGGUCUCGGGCUGUGUCGAUACCCUGCCGCUGGCUCGGGAGCUGCUGAGGGACCGUAGGCUCCAGAGCUUUCGCCAGGAGAACCUCGUCAGGGAGCUGCUAGGGAUCAACUACAAGGCCCAUGAUGCUUUGGAGGACGUGAGAACAUUACAGACGCUCUAUGGUUUCCUUCAGCCAACACAAGACGUGGUCUGCCGGCACAAGUUUACUUUGGACACCAUGGAGAGCAAACCAGCUGUGCCAAGAAGCAAAAGUAAAAUCCCACUUAAGCUGCCAGGACAGCGUCCCCUGUUGGAGCAUUUCAGACAGACGGAAAGAAACAAAACGACACGAUGAAGUUGAUCCACUUCAACAUGAACACAUAUAAACUGAGACAGAAAUAGGCUAACUAGCUCCUUUAGCUGCUUUUCACACUGUUUCACUGGAGCCACAUCAGCAGCGUUCUGCACAAAUAAAGACAAGUGGCAAAAUCUUCACUAAUUGUGUAACUGUUGGAUGGAUUCCACCGGAGGAAGGAAGGAAACAGACUCGCUCUUCGCCAGUUUCUUAAACAUCUGACUGCUUUGCUAGAAGGCUCACUGUUGAACACCGUCAAACUGUGAAUUAAUUGCUCAAAGAUGUCUGUUCCUCUGUAUGUGCAGUUAUUUACUGCGAUUUGUAACGCAGAAGCAGCUUUAUGUGGCCGGUGUUUGAUUAUUUUACUCGUGACAAAAGGCUUUUCUUAAACUUGAAUAAAAAUUGUAAGCAGCA